UUCGAUUUGGGCCCAGAGAUGGAAGGGCUCCUCGUCAUUGCACCAACUUCCUCGUAGGACAUGCUCAAGUGGCCGAAGAAGCACGCGUCGUCUGUGCUAGCGAACAACCAGGACGAGGACCUGCAUGGCCAGCACGACAAUGGAGCCCCACCGCACACACCACCCACCGCCACCAACAACGGCGGGAGAAGCAAACGCUCCAACAGCUUGUACAACAUGUUCCACGGCAACAAAGACCCUGCCGUCGAGCCUGCGACCGACGCACCCACUCCAAACCGCCACAGCGACGUGCCAUCCUCGAGCAACCAGGACGACAACAACCUCGCGACGCCGUCGCUCCUUCAUCCUGCCCUUCAACCGAACGAGAAGAAACACCCCAACAAGUUCCUCGAAGGCACGAACAAGUGGCUCGAAACGACCAAGCGCCGCUUCUCCACCGCUACUACCACCACUGUCCUUCCUCGGAGCCGCGCGUCCACUGCAACAAACUCUCCGUUGAACGACCGCCAUGUAGGCGAGUAUGUGCACACGGCAGGCGGCGCGGGUGUCGUGGUGGAAGUCAAGUCGGACGGCAGCGCGGUCGUGCGCUUGGUCUCGACCGAGUACGUGAACUGCUCCAUGGUGAUCGUCGAAGUCGGCGGCGAAAUCGAACCGUUGCCAGUGUUGCCGCAGGAUACCGUCAUCACCGCCGACGGCGUCGGCACCGCUGUCGCAUACAACCCCAAGACCAAGGAAUACACGGUGGAGCUUCUGGACCAUGUCACACAAAUGUUUGCGAUCCAUCAAGUCCACGCCAUGGACAACAAGGACAACGACCCGACGUUAUCCCCGCCGCCGCCGUCGUCGGCUGAUCCCGCUUCGGUAUAUCUCGAUUCAGACAACUCGACCGAAUCCCAAUAUGAAGAAAGAAUAUAUAUAUAUACCCAAAAUAUUUGACCUUUGGUGCGGAUUCUUUGCCAAAUCCUUCGAUAUAUCGAUUGUUUCUACUGACUUUUGGAAGUGUCACACUACUUACAGUCCCACACGAAUUCAAUGUUGCGUUGGUCGAACAGUGGAUGAUGAUUUGAUUGGCUACUUGAUUCGUGUUGUGGGUUUUGAUUGGUCGAUAUAUCGAUGUACUUGGUUGUUAUUCUGGUCAAACACUCGAAUUUCGUGAAUAAUUGACUUAUAUAUUGUAGGCGACGUCGCUCCGUUCGAGUUUUCUCCAAAAAGUAGCCAAAGCGACCCCCAAAUUUCCAACUUUAUUGAAAACUCGAUCCACUGGCAGCGUACCGAAGUACGUGGCAGGCCAAGCAGUGUUGACUCAAUAUGGCGACGGUGUCGUGGUCGAGGUUCACCCAAACGGCGGCGGCGAUGUGCUUGUGGUGCACUUGAGCUUUGGGGCGACGGCGUACCUCCAGGCAGAUGCGAUCAAGCAGAGCUUAAAGGCAACCGUGGGGGACCUGGUACAGACCCGGUUUGGCCAGGGAGUGGUCGCGGCGGUGGCGGAAGGGCAUGUGUUCGUGGUGACUGUGGACAAAGAAGAUAUGUAUGUGCACGCGACGGAACUGACCAAGAUCAACCACUCCACUUCGCGCAAGUUUCUGCACUUGUUUAAAAAGUAGUAGGAGCACCGAAACAGUGUACAUUGAAUCGUCUUGAGUCUUAUUGGCCAAAAUGGUUCUGCGUAGAAACGUCGAACAUUACAAAGCUAGCU